CUGAGAUGCUCUCAAGAACCCGUGCAGCCCUAGCGGUGGUGGUAUUAACUGGGCUCCCUGGGAAAGUCUGCGGAGAGAGGGAGAGGGGGGACGAGCCGAGCCGGAGACGAGAGAUCAUGGCGGCACCUCUCGGACGGGACACCCUACCUGACCACUGGUCGUACGGAGUUUGCAGAGAUGGUCGGGUCUUCUUCAUCAAUGAUAAAACUCAUAGCACUACUUGGCUACAUCCACGCACUGGUGAACCUGUUAACUCGGGACACAUGAUCCGGUCAGAUUUACCAAGAGGAUGGGAAGAGGGCUUCACGGACGAAGGAGCCAGCUACUUCAUCAACCACAACUUGAGGAGUACAUCGUUCCGGCAUCCUGUCACCAGGCAGAUUUCCCCUGAAAACACAGAAUACACACUACAGGACAGGUUAGAAGCCCGUAUGUCCAAGUCAGCGGCAAGUCAGAGAUCCCCCAGCAUGGUCACAGACUCCUCUAAAGCCGUGACCCCAGCAGCAGUGGAUGGCACCUCAGGGCCAAAGGGCUCCAGAGGUCCGGGGAAAGUACACAGCUUCGGCAAGAGGGAUCAUUCUAUUAAAAGAAACCUCAACAUCCCCGUGGUGGUGCGAGGCUGGCUCUAUAAACAGGACAGCUCUGGUAUGCGACUGUGGAAAAGGAAGUGGUUUGUUUUGUCAGACUUCUGCUUGUUUUACUACAAAGACAGCCGAGAGGAGACGGUGCUGGGAAGUAUCCCUCUGCCAAGUUAUGUCAUAGCACCAGUUGAGCCUGAUGACCACAUAAACCGCAAAUACGCUUUCAAGGCGAGCCAUACUGGAAUGCGCUCCUACAUUUACAAUAAGAACUCUGUGAUUGGCUCACAGGCAGAACACUGCGGGAUGCGGACAUAUUACUUCAGUGCGGACACACAGGAAGACAUGAAUGGCUGGAUCCGGGCCAUGAACCAGGCUGCGCUGAUGCAGCAGAGUCACACUAUAAAGAGAGAGGUGGAGAAGCCAAAGAAGGCUGUGCAGCUUGCCGUCCCACAAACCAACCAUGUCCACAUCAACCAGCACUCAUCUCAGUCAGAAGGCCAUCGAAGGACAGACAGAGAGGAACCUCGAGAUAACGGCGUCCAUCCGUCUCAUGGAGACGAGCUGAGGUACGGAUUAGAGAUUCAGGCGAGGCCCAGCCAUUCAGCCACCGAGAGACUCUCUCCAGACUCGCUUGACAGUGCAGCACACAACAAUGGACAGCAAACUGUGAUCCAGGUGGCUCUGCCCCCUGAACAGAAUGGAAACCUGGUCUAUCAGAGGGGCUUUGUGGCACGGAAAGACUCUGAGAAACACGUGCAGAGGAAGAAUACGCUGGCUCAGGUGGAGCAUUGGGUCAAAGUACAGAAAGCGGACCCACCCAAGAGUGCUCAGUCUGCUGAGUACAACUUCCCUCGACGGACCCCUCCCUUAAAGCCCAAAGCCAGCACAGUGGAUGCCACCUAUCAUUCAUUGCCAAAGUCUCCCCGUCUCCCGUCUGGCAGCAGCUCUCCUCCUGCCACAUGCAACCUGCCCAGCGACUACAAGUAUGCCCAUGACCGGCUCAGCCACUUCCGCAUGUCCACCGACGAGCGAAUGGCCACCAAGGAGGGGAUGGUGUGGCAGCUGUACGAGUGGCAGCAGCGGCAGCAGUUCCGUCACGGCAGCCCCACCGCUCCUAUCUACACGGGUCCUAACUUCACAGACGCUUCAUCUUUUAGAGUGACCCUGGAGAUGCCACGUUCCCUCUCUGUGCCCCCGUCCCCGUGUGAAGUCCCACCGUCGCUCCAGUCCUUCAAACCUCUGUCCCCUCGCAGGCCACACACUCCCUCAGACAGACGCACCGUCAGGCCGCUGGAUGAACUGUUAGCUGGGGACAGCACAAGAUCCAGCUCCCCUGGCCAUAUAUGUGCCCAGCUCUCUCAGACUUCACAAAUAGAGAGAAGGUCCAUGCCAGCCAUGGGCUACAUCACACACACUGUCAGUGCACCCAGCCUGCAUGGAAAGACGGCUGAUGAUACUUACAUACAACUGAAGAAGGACCUGGAGUAUCUAGAUCUGAAGGUCACUGGACGUGAGAGUUUCAAAACAGAAAGACCGUCGAGGCCUGUGAAAAUAGCAGAAAGUGAUGCCGACGUGAAAUUAAGUCGACUGUGUGAACAAGACAAGAUCCUACAAGAGCUGGAGGCCAGGAUACGUGCUUUAAAAGAGGACAAGGACAAGCUGGAGUCUGUGCUGGAUGUUUCCCACCAGCAGAUGGAGCAGUACCGAGAUCAGCCGGCACACGCUGAGAAGAUUGCCUAUCAGCAGAAAUUACUACAGGAGGACGUGGUGCACAUCAGGGCUGAGAUAUCACAAGUUUCCACUGAGAUGGAGAACGCAUGGAGUGAGUACAGCCGGCUGGAGAGAGAUGUGGACUGGCUGAAGUCAGCCCUGCAGGGACACAUGACCCGAAGUGAUCUAUCUCAGCAAGAGAAAGUCCAGAUCAGAAAAGAGCUGUGGAGGAUUGAGGAUGUCAUUGCCGGCCUCAGCACCAGUAAAGCCAUCUACAAAGUCACUAUCUCCUCUGUUACCAACCCAGUGUCGGCGUCAUCAGUGCCUUCUGUGUCUGGGAGCCCGUCUGCUAUGGAGAUGAGACUGUCGCAGCACAGCCCCCACCUCAGCCCCAGUAUGCACACCCCCACCCUGUUCUCCAGCCCCAGCCAGCAACCCUUACAACACUCUGCAACUAUCACCUGUGGGCUUAACUGGGGUGAGGAUGAUGUGCCUCCCAGACCUCCUCUACCUCAGCUCUACAGUCCUGAAGAGCACCCCCCUGCUGUGCCCCCUCUCCCCCGAGAGACCACAGUCAUCAGACACACUUCUGUACGCGGCCUCAAACGACAGUCGGAUGAACGCAAAAGGGACCGAGAGAUUGGCCAGUACACCAACGGAGACGGAAAGGUGGAACUUAGACCCUUCCUGAGUGAUCCAGAGCUCAUGGGAGUUGGAGACAGCUCCAGCUACAUUACUGUAGUGACAUCGUCUGGACCUGAAGGUUACCAGACUUUACCCAGCAGAGGAGUGGCUGGCUCCUCACUUAGACUAAAUCAGUCUUCAAGCAUCUCCUCAUAUGUAACUCUCCGUAGAGCAGCGUCAGCUGCCGGCGUAAAGGAGAGACCAAAAAGUGCCUUGGAGCGUCUGUACUCUGUGGACCCGGUGCAGCAGCAGCAGAGGGGGAAGAUGAGUGCUGAUGAGCAGCUGGAGAGGAUGAAGAGGCACCAGAAGGCCCUCGUCCGCCAGCGCAAACGCACCCUGAGUCACGGGGACCGCCAGUCCUCUGCAUCGCCGCGCCCCUCGUCCUCGCGCCCCCUUUCAGCAGACUUGGGAUCAGUAUGUCACUAGAACAAUAUCGCACGUCACCCCCCUCAUGCAUGACGAGAACCAACCCGAGAGUGAUGGUGGACAGUAGUCAUGCAUGCCUGUAGUCUGUCUUUUCUCUGGUCCUGACAUCACAGAGUUCAAAGUAAUCCAGUAAAUUAGAGCAGUGUGGAUAUUCACCAUGUGCCUCUAACUCUUAUAUAACUUAUAUACUUGUUAUUUAGACUUUAGAAGGCCUUUUAGAGCCAACAUUUGACUUGUCUCGCAAGAAAAGCCCAGAUAUUACCAAUUACAAUAAUAAUAAUUAUAACACAAUGAUAACAAUGUGUUUUAAUCCUGUGCUUUCCUUAUUGUGACUUGUCAAAUGUUGUCUUUGAGUAAGCCCUUCAUAGAGAACAACAGGUCUUACUUUACCUAGCACUCACUCACCUUUAGCACAAAGUGUUCACAGUACUUAUGUAAUCAUAAAGAAGGGUUUAUUAAAAAGUGGAAAUAAUGUUAAUUAUAAAUAGUAAUAACAUCUUUGCUCAGAGUGUUGGCUCAUGAAUUUCUUGCUUAGCAAACUCGCCACAAUAAUAACCUCAGACGCAGGCCUUCCAGCCGCUGACCCUCAUACUCACUCAUUUAUACUCACUCUUAAAGAUACUAACACUCCUUCAUCCAUUCAUCUCUUCCAUCCUCACUCAUCUUCUUUUCACUGUGUUGUUGUGUUUUCACCAUACUAGCAUGCUCUUUUCUAUGCAGUAACAGUGUCUUGUGCAUUCUCCUCUUACUUAGCCGCCUCCUCCUCUUUGAGAACUUCCAUUCAUUUGUGUAUAUGUGUGUGUGUGUGUGUGUGUGUGUGUGUGUGUGUUUGUGUGUGUGAAUGUGGGAGAGAAAGAGAGAGAGGAAAAAGUGCCUUGUUAUUUUCUACUGACCAAAACAUUGACAUACACAGAGCAAUGCAUACUUAAGCCUCGCUCAUCCAAACCUAAUCAUGGCUUCUUCUUGCUGGAUGCUCCUUACUUAAGUCAAGGUGUACUGAAGACGGUGUAGGUGUUAAAGAGCUCGGGCUUACGUUGUGAAGCUUAAGACGGAGAUGGAGCUCUUAAUUUAGAUAACACUAAUGUGUAUGACGUCCUCUGAUUUCAGUAUUUUUUUAUCUGCUAAUUAAUUGUUAGUUUUAAGAAUCAUUUUUUAAAUGUGAAUGCUUGAAAAUAAAUAAACAUUAUUUUCUAAUGAA